UAUAUAUAUAUGUAUGUGUAUAUAUGUGCGCCCUUAACUGGAACUGAAUCUGCUCUCUAUAUGCGCGCCGACGCACGGCACAGGUGCGCGUCCGCAAGGUUCUCUUCGGAGCCGUCCGCCGAAACGCCGCUCAGCAACUUCGUCAUGGAGAAGUCGAAGAACUUCCGAAUAGACGCCCUGCUCGCCGAUGAGCUCAGCCGGGGUAACCGAGAGCUCUCCCCGGGUCUGAGCAGCGACAGCCCCGCCAGCAGCCCCGUGUCCUGCCGGCGUGCGGACACCCCGUCUCCCCGCGGAACCGCAGGGGCCGCACAGCUCCAGACCGGACUAGUGCCCAAACCGGGUCUCCUGAAUCUCCCUCACCCAGGACUCGCUACACUGCCCCAGGGAGCCCUCCCUGGGAUGUAUCCUGCCCCCAUGUACCCAAUAUCGGCUUUGGGCGGUCAGCACCCAGCUUUUGCGUACACCGGUUUUACGCACCUAACGCAGCCGUACCCAGACCAGUUGAAGGCGGCCGCCAUGGCCGGCUCUCUGCCAUUAGAGCACUGGAUCCGUGCCGGGAUCAUGAUGCCUCGCCUGCCAGACUACAGCUCAGCCCCGCAGUCCGGGUUGCUGGGGAAGUGCCGGAGGCCCCGGACCGCCUUCACCAGUCAGCAGCUGCUGGAGCUGGAGAACCAGUUCAAGCUUAACAAGUACCUCUCCCGACCCAAACGCUUCGAAGUGGCCACCUCGCUGAUGCUGACCGAAACGCAGGUCAAGAUCUGGUUCCAGAACCGGCGCAUGAAAUGGAAGCGCAGCCGCAAAGCCAAGGAGCAGGCCUCCGUCUCGGCGCAGUCUGACGCAGAGCGCCAACGCGGCGGGGCCAAAGCGGCCGUCGGCAAGUCAGAGGACAGCCGACGGCCUGCCAAUCCGGAUGACCGAGGGGAGGAUCUCGAGCUGGAGGAGGGAGAGGAGGAGGAGGAGGAAGAAGAGGAGGAAGAGGACGACGACGACGAGGAGCCCCGGCACGGCUUCCCCGUUACCAUGGGCGCCAGCGUGGGGUUGCCACGAUCAGCGGACUUCCUACAGCGCACAGCCGACCUCGGCUACAACACCCACAGCCCUUUCUCCGAAGACGAGCUGGAGGGGGCGCAAGUGGGCGGGGACAGAAAGAUAGGGGCGGGGCUGUGAUGAACGGCCACGCGUUUUGUGUUGCCCUGACACUGAAGGACACCGGAGAGCUCACGUUGUGAUCCAACGUAGAA